UGGCUUCCCCUUGGCCUUUGCCUCACUUUCCAAACCCCAACUUAAUGGAAUCUUCUGGUUAAAGCCAGCAGCGAGCAGGACUCUGACUGGUGGUAGUUUGUGGCAGCCAUUGUUUGUUCUACAUAGCAGACAUAAUGGAACCAUUAUGUCACGUUACGCGGCAAAAGGAACUCUGUAGAGGAAAUGGAGUUUAGUUAUCAGUUUACUUAAGACAUGGAAAUUAUCUCGGAUACCUGAGUUGGUUUAGUGCUAGACGUUUAGGGCUAGAUGUAGUUCCAGGAUACAAUGCUUGUCUACCUUUGCUGAGGCCCUGUGGAUCCAUCUAAGAAGCCAAACAGCCAAGAGAACUGAAAGGAGUCAGAUCUGCCACAUGGAUGAUUUCUACAGACAAUCAGGAUUAUUCUAAGAGGUGUCCACCACUUGCUUUUGCAAGGUACCUCAGCCAGCCUGAUAGGAGUCAGCUGGGGUCUUUGAUCCUGAGGAAGUUGGCUUCCACCCGCACACCGCACUAAGGGUAACGCGUCUGGCGGUUGCCUAGCAACGAGCCGUCCUCCCUCGCACAGCAUGGCGACCAGAGAGUCCAGCACUAGCGACUACAGGCAGACCGAGGGCGUACCCGGGACCUUGAGCACUGCAGUGUAUGAGCACCUGCGGAAGUUGUGCCUGCGCGAAUUCCCGUGUGGCAUCGGGAGCUGGCCGUGCUGGACUCAGGAAGCCUACGGCACUGCACAACCUCUGCCCUGCUUCCAGGCUGAGGGGAGACAAGGAAAUACAGCCAAAGGCAUACAGUCAGCACAGCUGGAGGAAACAUCUGGUCCAACAGGGCUUGAAGAAUAAGUCACGCUUUCUUCCUCGAAAAUGUCGAACCUGGAGGGAACUGAUCCCCAAGGAGGAGGAGAUCAUGGUUCCCGAGGAGGAGACUGUGGAGGCCCUGCUGGGCCUGGUGCGCAGCAACCACUCUCCUUGGGCUAUGCUGAAGGAUUCCAGCGCAGAGGACCGUUUCCUGAGAGAACUGGCCAUCCAGAAUCCACUAAUGAUCAAAGACACUUUCUUCUACUCCUACUUCCGGUGUCUGCGGGUGGUGGACAAAGGGGUGAGUCUGGUGGAUAAAGAGCUCUUGAAAUUUCUAAAGCUGGAGGAGUUGGUUCUGAGCGCCAAUAAAAUCGAGGAAAUCGAUGCCAACAAUCUGCCGCCAACAUUGAAGGUGCUGGAGCUGUAUGGCAAUUUGAUCACCAGCAUGGAGUGUCUGUGCUCAGCCCCGCCCCCGAGGCUGCAGCACCUGGGGCUAGGCCACAACAAACUGCUGGGCCCUUUGGAGAGUCUGUAUGUCACCUCCAACAACUGGCCCCAACUCGUCUCCCUGGACCUGGGCUUCAACAACUUGACAGACCUGCAGAGCAUGAUACUGAGUCUCAGUACCUUGAAGCACCUGAGACUCCUAGUGCUGCAGGGGAACCCGCUGGCUCUGGUGCCUUACUACCGCGGCUUUACGGUGGACAGCCUGGCAGGCCUUUGUGUGUUGGACGACAUCACCGUGUCUCCCAGCGAGAAGCACCAGUUCCGGGGACUCAACAUGCACGGUGACCUGUUGGCACGGGAGGCCCAGUUUGUGGUGACCAUUGGAAAUGUCAGGGGGGUUGUGGACAGCUCUAUCUUGGACCCAGAGCCAGGCCCUGACGGCCCUUUCAUCAGCUACAGCUAUUACGUGACCUAUGACUUUGUGGAAGAUGAAAACCUGGAAGGCCACGCUAGUAGGAUGGAGGAGAUACACUCCGAGAGCGUUCUGGAUGAGAUUGACAAGCGUUUCUCUGGCACUGAUGAGGAGGACCAACAGGAUGGUCUGUUGGAUCUCCCAGAGAUCCAGAACCAGGGCCGCCACCGCCACAAAAGCCGUCCGAGGUUACAUCUAGACUCUACUGAGUCUAAGGAGCUGUCUGAGGUUUUAGCUAAGGAGAUGAAUCAGAUGGCCGAGGACUCGGCAGAAUCUGGGUUAACAGAUAUCGAUGAGUCGGAGACAAGCAUUUCCAUCCACUCUGCCCCCCUGCCACAGUCAAUUGACUCUUCAGAAGAGCUGGCAAAGCUCCGGCCACGGAUAGACGUACGGCUCUGUCCAUCCCCAGGGACAGUCCUCUUCAACACCGUGCACAAGCCCUGGUCAGACGUCAUCCCCUGCACCUAUGAGAUGAAGCACACCUUGAAGGAGCUGAUAAGGGUCAAGGCCUUCCUGCUGGCCGGGACUACUGUGAGCAUCGUAGAGGAGAAAAUCCUCUCCUGGCCUGUGGUACCAACUCCUGUUGAGAGUCCCUUGCCUGCCAAGAAGGGAAAAGAGGACAAGAAAAAGAAAGAAGAAGCUCCCAAGGGUAAGGACGUCAAGAAGAAAAAGGAGCCACCCAGGGAGCUGAGGCAGGACCCACCCGUGCUGAGCGUACUGGGCAGCGGACUGGUGUACCUGGAGCCCUUGCUGGCAGGGGAGCCAGUGGUAUCCACUGUGUGUGAUUUUGGGGUGGUCCGAACUCUGGAGACAGACAAGCUCACACAUGCCAGGGAUUCAAAGAAGGUAAAGAAAGCCCCCAAAAAAGAUAAGUCCAAAACGACGGCUCCAACCAUGGACAGCGGGUACCAGCCAGAGCCCCUGUCGGUGGAGGUGCAGAUCCAGCUGCACCAGUACCGCUCGGUGGAGGAAGCAUUCCUUAGCUUGAUUGACAAGCAGGGAGAAUAAAGGCUGCUUUGCGGCCAGAGCUUGA